AUGAACGUUGUUGAACAAAUACAAUCGAUAGAACUUUUACAGGAUCAAGGUAUCAAUGCUAGUGAUAUCACUAAAUUAAAAAUGGCUGGAAUUCAUUCUAUUGCUUCAGUCUUAUCCACCACUAGAAGAAAUUUAGUUAAAAUCAAAGGGUUAAGUGAAAUCAAAGUUGAAAAAAUCAAAGAAGCAGCUGGUAAGAUCAAAAUGACUGGAUUUAUUUCAGCAAGUAUUGUUGCAGAACAAAGAGAAAAUGUAUUUACUAUUUCUACAGGUUCAAAACAAUUUGAUGAAGUUUUAGGUGGAGGUAUAACAUCAAUGAGUAUUACUGAAGUUUUUGGAGAAUAUAGAUGUGGUAAAACUCAAUUAUGUCAUACUUUAUGUGUUGCAGCUCAAUUAAGUAAAGAUUUAGGUGGUGCUGAAGGUAAAGUUGCUUAUAUUGAUACUGAAGGUACUUUUAGACCUGAUAGAAUUAAAUCUAUAGCUGAAAGAUUUGAAGUUGAUCCUCAAACUUGUCUUGAAAAUAUAUCUUAUGCAAGAGCUUUAAAUAGUGAACAUCAAAUUGAAUUAACUGAACAAUUAGGUAAUGAAUUAUCAAGUGGUCAAUAUAGAUUAUUAAUUGUUGAUUCUAUAUUAGCAUGUUUUAGAGUUGAUUAUUCAGGUAGAGGUGAAUUAAAUGAAAGACAACAAAAAUUAAAUCAACAUUUAGCUUAUUUAACAAGAUUAGCUGAAGAUUAUAAUGUUGCCGUAUUUUUAACAAAUCAAGUUCAAAGUGAUCCUGGUGCAAGUUCAUUAUUUGCUGCUGCAGAUGGUAGAAAACCUGUUGGAGGUCAUGUUUUAGCUCAUGCUUCUGCAACAAGAAUUUUAUUAAGAAAAGGUAGAGGAGAAGAAAGAGUUGCUAAAUUAUUAGAUAGUCCAAAUAUGCCAGAAAAAGAAUGUGUUUAUGUUAUUGGUGAAGGAGGUAUAAAAGAUUCAGAAUAA